GGGCUGUGAGAGCCUGCGAUGGAGGCGGUGGCUACUGGCGUAUAAGGGGCGCGAUGAGCCAGGAGCCAGUCGGGGCUGUGAAAGCCAGCGAUGGUGGCGGCGGCGCCCGCCGGACAGGGCGGCGGGCGUUGGGAUGAAGGGAGCGGGCCCUGCUGCUCCAGCCGCCUGCCUCCCCCGCUCGCCGCUUGGCCUGGGGCGGGGAGCCGGCAGUGGCUGCUGCUGCUGCUGCUGCCGCUGCUGCUGCUGUCGGGCCGGGCCGGGGCGCUAGUAGAGGGGCUCUACUGCGGCUCGCACAACUGCUACGACGUGCUCGGGGUGAGCCGCAAAGCGGGCAAGGCAGAGAUCGCCCGUGCCUACCGGCAGCUCGCGCGCCGCCACCACCCGGACCUUGUGCGGCGCGAGGGCGCCGAUAGCGAGAGCCUCGAGAGCGCGCAGGAGGCCUUCCUGCUGGUGGCCACUGCCUACGAGACCCUGAAGGAUGAAGAAACACGUAAAGAUUAUGAUUAUAUGCUGGAUCAUCCUGAAGAGUACUACAGCCAUUAUUAUCACUACUACAGUAGGCGGUUAGCUCCUAAAGUGGAUGUCAGAAUUGUCAUUUUAGUCACAGUAUGUGCUAUCUCCGUGUUUCAGUUUUUCAGCUGGUGGAGUAGCUAUAAUGAGGCCAUCAACUACUUAGCUACCGUGCCAAAGUAUCGUAUUCAAGCUACUGAAAUUGCCAAGCAGCAGGGGCUGCUUAACAAAGCCAAAGAAAAAGGCAAAAACAGAAGAUCCAAGGAAGAAAUCCGUGAGGAGGAAGAAAACAUCAUCAAAAACAUUAUAAAAAGUAAAAUAGAUAUAAAAGGAGGCUACCAGAAACCUAAAGUAUGUGAUAUUCUACUAUUUCAAAUUAUUUUAGCUCCUUAUCACCUGUGUGCAUACAUAGUCUGGUAUUGCCGGUGGAUUUAUCAUUUUAAUAUCAAAGGUCAAGAGUAUGGAGAAGAAGAGAGGCUAUAUCUCAUCCGUAAAUUUAUGAAAAUGUCAGAGUCUCAGUUUGACAGUUUAGAAGAUCAUCAAAAAGAAACUUUUCUUGAGCUGAAGCUGUGGAUAAGAGAGAACUAUGAAGCCUACAAACAGGAACAAGAGGAAGAGCUAAAGAAGAAAAAGGCAAAUGACUCUCGAUGGAAGAGAUACAGGAGGUGGAUGAAGAAUGAGGGACCUGGGCGUUUAACUUUUGUAGAUGACUAACUGUUGCUGAAAUUCUGUAUACCAAACCACAAUAAUUAUAAAAUUAUUUUUCAUAA